UAAUAUUCAUGUGCUCGCAGAGAAAAUUUGAGCACAUGAUGCAGGACAAGACCACAACCUGCACAGUAAAACAAAGAGCACAGAUUCCAGGAAGAAACCUAAUUUUCCAUAACCACAACUCAUCCUCUUCAGUGACUGUAUGAAUGGAUACAUGUUUGUUUUGCAAUCUCGUGGGAGAGUGAAUACGGUCUGAUGAACAUGGCACAAAAAGAGAAGCUCCAAUGCUUGAAGGACUUUCACAAGGAUACCCUCAAACCUUCGCCCGGAAAGAGCCCGGGCACCCGGCCCGAAGACGAGGCUGAAGGAAAGGCCCCUCAGAGGGAGAAGUGGGCCAGCAAGCUCGACUUUGUCCUGUCCGUGGCCGGAGGAUUCGUCGGAUUAGGGAACGUGUGGCGCUUUCCUUACCUUUGUUAUAAAAAUGGUGGAGGUGCGUUCCUCAUCCCUUACUUCAUCUUCCUGUUCGGAGGUGGCCUGCCGGUGUUCUUUCUGGAGGUCGCACUGGGCCAGUACACCUCUGAAGGAGGGAUUACCUGCUGGGCCAAGCUCUGCCCCAUCUUUACUGGUAUAGGCUACGCGUCUUUCGUGAUCGUUUCGCUUCUGAACGUUUACUACAUCGUUAUCUUGGCCUGGGGACUCUACUACCUCUUCCACUGUUUUCAGCCUGAGCUCCCUUGGGCUAAAUGCAACCAGCCCUGGAACACAGAAUACUGUAUAGAGGACACAGUCAGGAGGAACAAGACCUUCUGGCUGGCAACCAACAUUACCAACUUUACCUCCCCUGUCACAGAGUUCUGGGAACGCAACGUCUUGAGUAUCUCCAGUGGGAUUGAGGACAUCGGGCCCCUGAAAUGGGACUUGGCCGGGUGUCUUCUGGCAGUGUGGGUCAUCUGCUUCUUCUGUAUCUGGAAAGGAGUCAAGUCUACUGGUAAAGUGGUGUACAUAACAGCAACUUUCCCCUUCGUGAUGCUAAUCAUUCUGCUGGUGCGUGGCGUGACCCUGCCGGGGGCAUCUGAGGGGAUCAAGUUUUACCUUUACCCUAAUCUAACUCGGCUCCAGGAUCCAGAGGUGUGGAUUGACGCAGGGACUCAGAUUUUCUUCUCCUACGCCAUUUGCCUAGGUGCCAUGACAUCACUGGGGAGCUACAACAAGUACAAGUACAACUGCUACAGGGACUGUUUGCUGCUGGGAGGCCUCAACAGCGGUACCAGUUUUGUGUCUGGCUUCGCAAUAUUUUCCGUCCUGGGCUUCAUGGCACAAGAACAAGGGGUGGACAUUGCCGAUGUGGCAGAGUCAGGUCCAGGCUUGGCUUUCAUUGCUUACCCUAAAGCUGUGUCCAUGAUGCCACUGCCAACCCUGUGGGCCAUCCUCUUUUUUAUCAUGCUGCUGCUUCUGGGCCUUGACAGCCAGUUUGUUGAAGUGGAAGGACAGAUCACCUCUAUUGUAGAUCUCUAUCCAGCCGUCCUUCGGAAGGGUUACCGCAGAGAAAUCUUCAUAGCUAUCAUGUGUAGCAUAAGCUAUCUCUUUGGACUCGCCAUGGUAACGAAAGGUGGCAUGUAUGUGUUUCAGCUCUUUGACUACUAUGCAGCCAGUGGGGUGUGCCUUUUGUGGGUCGCAUUCUUCGAAUGCAUCGCUGUCGCUUGGGUUUACGGAGCUGACAAUUUCUAUGAUGCAGUCGAGGACAUGAUUGGCUACAGACCGAACCCAUGGAUGAAGUGGAGCUGGACCAUAAUCACUCCUGUCCUCUGCAUGGGCUGCUUUAUCUUCUCCCUGGUGAAGUACAAGCCCCUGACCUACAACAAAGUAUACGAGUAUCCCGACUGGGCCAUCGGCCUGGGUUGGUUUUUGGCCCUGACUUCCAUGAUUUGUAUCCCCAUGGUGAUGGUCAUCAAGAUCUUACAGUCUGAGGGACCUCUUAUUGAGAGGAUCAAAGCAGUGGCGGCCCCGGCGAAGUCAGGCGUGAGCUCUCGCCCUAAAGAGUACAAUCUGAAGAGCAGCGAGCUGACACAGCCCCUGGACCCAAACGGGAACAAUGGCUUGAACAAGCCCACCCACACCAUUGUAGAAACAAUGAUGUGAGCGCUCUCUGUGAGAGGAACAAGAUUGAUGUGCUUUCUGUGUUAUAUUUGCUCACUUUGAUAAGGGUAGGUUUACGUUGUCCAGUAUAUUCAUAUUAGAUACUCUGGUUUGAUUUCUAUUAAGAGAGAUAUAUACUGUUGUAAUAUUUUUUUUUCUCUUGUAAUUUUUUUUUUUUUUUUACUCUAUUGAUAUUGUUGAUGUUACAAUUGUUGCUGUAGUUGGCACUGAUCUCAGUUUAGGCAGUAUUUUCAGAUAGAAUAUGGUAAUUGUUUACUACCUUCUAUUGAUUCUGAGAUGAAGAAUCUUCAAUGUUUUGGUGUUAUAGGAGGAAAGAGGAAAUAAUUCUCAUAAAUUCAGGUAACAAUUGGGUAGAUAACCCUAACAGAAAUAGAAAAUGUCUAAACCUUAGCUAAUCUUGUUGCCCCAGCCAAUCUCUAGUUUUUUUUUUUGUUUUUUUUUUGUUUUAAUUCCACACUGAAAUGUACCUCUGCUACCAGCAGGAGCGACGUCUCUGAGUACAUAUCCGUAACAUUUUCAGUGGCAGUAUGCAGUGUAUAGAGUUAAUCUCGCUUGACAUCCUUUUAAGUUACACAUUGAACAAGGCCUUGGUCAAAUACUGUGAGAAAUGCCUUCACACAAAGAUCCGUUCUGAAAAAGAAAAAAACAACAAAAACAGCUCAGGCAAAAUAAUGAAAGAAAAAAGCAGCAAAGAGAAUAAAAUUGGGAGAAAAGGGACGAGGCAUUUUUAUAGUAUUUGUACACUGCCUGUGUGACUAAUAUAGUCAGCCCCAGUGCAUUUAUUGAAACCUCUUUUUGCACUUUAUUUUCAUUACACCUUUAUUGUAGUAUGUUUUCAUGGUGCAAGUAUUGCACUUACAUUUUCAAUAAAUUUAAGGAGGAAAUAUUUUUAGCAUCUAAUGUUUUGAUAUGGUAAACGUUAGUAUAGAUUAUCAAUCUGGCUCAUUGCCAAGACGAUGUCGAAACAGAGAACUUUACCAUCAGAUGCUCUGGUUUGUAAUUAUUAGUGGGAUCUUGAGGACAUCACUGUAAAGCGUUACUUUUUAAACCACUUGACUGCUCUCUCCAAUGUGCUCAUUUCAGUAGCAGCCGUGCUCUGCAGAGCUACCACUGGAUUGUAGUUUUUAAUGUUCAGUUAUAUUUGUAUUGUAGAAUGUGAACUGUUUGUAAAUCACAUAUGCCUUUUUGUAACAAUUUUAUACUGUACAUCAUCUGAACAGCAUCACUGACUCUUUAUUUUACUGAAAACUCACCAGUGUGUUUUCUAAAUAUCAACUGUUGUAACCCCAUGUUAGGCUUCUUCAGUGUGCACUGUUGAAAUGAAGCUGGGGAAGUCUCUGCCCAUUUCACGUGCACACUGAUGAUGAUGAAACAACUCGCAUAGUUAGAAACAAAAAUCUGAGGGACUUGCAAUCCUGAAGCAUGUGCACGAGCCACCACAGUACCUUGCUGCUUUUGCUUCUUGGAAAUUCAAUUGUACCAAAGUAUUUUUCUUUUUGUCAGUUACCCCCUUCGAGAUGCGCAUCGCAUCAUUUCUCCAUAGAUAAAAUAAACAUUUUUUUCCUUGAA